ACCUAUUUAGGAGUAGUACAGUAGAGAGUGCGAGGACGGCAGAAAAACCCGCCAAAAGAGAAAGGCGAAGUGCGAUUGAAGUCGAAGUGUAGCUCUCUACUCCUUCAAUUUCAUCCUUGCAAGAUGAGUACCUUGAAAUUUUGCCGCCAAUGCAACAACGCUCUGUACCCUAAGGAAGACAAGGAGCACAAUAUUCUCCUUUACGCUUGCCGCCACUGCGAUCACGAGGAGGUUGCUGAUAAUAACAUUGUCUACAGAAACAAGAUACAUCAUUCUGUUGAAAAGCGAACUCAAGUGUUGCAAAAUGUAGCUGCAGAUCCAACUCUUCCUCGCACCAGGAAUGUCCGCUGUUCUCAAUGCAAUCAUGGAGAAGCUGUCUUUUUCCAGGAAACGGCCAGAGGGGAAGAAGGCACUACACUUAUUUUUGUUUGCUGCAAUCCAAGCUGUGGCAACAGAUGGAGAGACUAGGACACUUCAUACCUUGCUCAAGUCAAGGUUCAACGUUGGGGAAUUCAACAUCUCUAAUAGUUCACUCUUGGAUGGGAGAGAAACACUGUUUUUGUAUAAUACUUGGCUGAUACGAGGACAUUCAUACUGAAGUUUUUGUGUUAGCUGUUUAAAUUCCCUAAUCACUGAUUAUUGAUGGAGUUCAUGGUUAAAUCCUCAUCAUUUAGGUUUUCUAAAGGGUGGGAGGAUGUACCAAAGUACUUGUCCUCUUUCUCAUUCCCAUUACCAACAUUUACAUUCAGUAUUUGCUUCUGAUGGCAUAGCUUCUCCCACUGUUAGACGUUUAGAUGAUCUAGCCCUGACCACUCCCCAUCUAAUUUUUCAUAACAAGUCUACAUAGUCUAAU